GGUUACUGAUUCAGCGACUGCGAGGCUUUUGCUGAGGAUGAAGAAGGAGGCAGAGGAAUGAUGGAGGGCAAUUCCAGUGCUGCGUCCUUUACCCCCGCACAGCAGUUCAGCAUUGCUGAUCUCGUCGUCGUAGUCAUUUAUUUUUCCUUAAACGUUGCAGUGGGAAUAUGGUCUUCAUGCAGGGUGAACAGGAACACCGUCAGUGGCUACUUCCUUGCUGGCAGAGACAUGGCGUGGUGGCCAAUCGGCGCCUCUCUCUUCGCCAGCAGCGAAGGCUCGGGGCUCUUCAUUGGGCUGGCAGGGACCGGUGCUGCUGGGGGAAUCGCUGUCACCGGCUUCGAGUGGAACGCAACUUACGCUCUUCUGGCGCUGGCCUGGGUGUUCGUGCCGGUCUACAUCUCGUCUGGGAUUGUCACGAUGCCUGAGUAUCUCCAGCGAAGGUUUGGAGGGGAGAGGAUCCGGAUGUACCUCUCUGGCCUGUCACUCCUGCUCUCCAUCUUCACUAAAAUCUCUACGGACCUGUACUCGGGGGCCCUCUUCGUGCAAGUCUGCCUGGGCUGGGACCUUUACCUCUCCACCGUCCUCAUGCUGGUGGUCACAGGGCUCUACACCGUUGCGGGGGGGCUGGCGGCCGUCAUCUACACCGAUGCGCUGCAGACGCUCAUCAUGGUCCUCGGAGCCAUCGUGCUGGCAGUGAAAGCUUUUAAUGAGAUCGGAGGUUACCCCAACCUGGAACAGGCCUAUUUAAAAGCCGUGCCAUCCAAGAUUGUUCCCAACACUACCUGCCACCUGCCCAGAGUGGAUGCAAUGCACCUCUUCCGAGACCCAGUCUCUGGAGAUCUGCCCUGGACCGGGAUGACUUUCGGGCUGUCUAUCAUGGCCACGUGGUACUGGUGCACCGACCAGGUCAUCGUCCAGCGGUCGCUCUCUGCCAAGAGCCUGAGCCACGCCAAGGCUGGUUCCAUCUUGGCCAGCUACCUGAAGAUGCUGCCCUUGUUCGUGAUCAUCAUGCCAGGGAUGAUCAGCAGGGUCCUGUACCCAGAUGCCGUGGCCUGCGUGGACCCCGAGGAGUGCGCCCGUGUGUGCGGGGCCGCCGUGGGCUGCUCCAACAUCGCCUACCCCAAGCUGGUGGUCGAGCUGAUGCCCAGCGGGCUGCGGGGUCUGAUGAUUGCGGUGAUGAUGGCUGCGCUCAUGUCAUCCCUGACGUCCAUAUUCAACAGCAGCAGCACCCUUUUCACCAUGGACAUCUGGAGGAAGCUGAGGCCAGAGGCCGGCGAGCGAGAGCUGCUCUUGGUGGGCAGGGUGGUCGUGGUGGUGCUGGUGGCCCUCAGCGUGGUCUGGAUCCCCAUCCUGCAGAGCUCUAGCGGUGGCCAGCUCUUCGUCUAUAUCCAGGCUGUCACCAGCUACCUGGCUCCUCCUGUCACCGCCGUCUUCAUCCUGGCUGUCUUCUGGCCCCGAGCUAAUGAGCAGGGAGCUUUCUGGGGCCUCAUGGCAGGGCUGGUGCUGGGGCUGGCCAGGAUGGGGCUGGAGCUGGCGUACCCCGUGCCCCGCUGCGGGGUCCCUGACCAGCGGCCCUGGCUGCUCGCCGGUAUCCACUACCUGCACUUUGCCGUGCUGCUGUGCGCCGCCACGGGCGCCGUCAUGGUGGGGGGCAGCCUGUUGAGCCCCCUGCUGCCUCCAGCCCAGCUAAAGGAUCUGACGUGGUGGACCCUCUCGCGGGAGCACCCCCAGCCCUCCAUGGACGGCACAUCCCAGGGACCCCCUGAUGGUUCCUGCUCAGCCACCCCGGGCAGCCAACAGCCAUCAAAGGCUGAGGGACCCCUGGCUGCAACCCUCAGGGAAGCCAGGGAGCCCCACUUUUGGGCCCGCGUCUGCAGCGUCAAUGCCGUUGUCCUGAUGUGCAUCAAUAUUUUCUGCUAUGCCUAUUUUGCCUAGCAGCCUGCCAGCCCUCGAUGGAGGAGGAAAGUGCUGGGAAGGGGGAAGAAAUGGGGAUUUGGGUGAUAGUUUGGGUGAUGUUUAAAUCCACUGGUGCAAUGAGCUGGGUGUUCUCAGCACUGUGGACUCUGAGUAUAUCCCAGGGGGCUGUGAGGGGUGGGGGGCAUUCAUGGGGGCAGUGAGUCCCUGGGAGGUGUCUGGGGAGAGGUAUCGGGGUGGGCAAAUGGGGGCUGCAGGAGAAGCAAAACCACAGCAAAGCAGCAGGUGUGCA